AUGCCUUCACAAUCUCUUGAUACCGGUUGGGACUUCAGCCCCGUCAUUGAUCUGAUUGAAUCUGCUUCCGAAGAUAUCUGCUCUCCGGCGCUCCGGCCCACAACGCAGAGCAGCUUCACACCAGCCUGUGAAGAUGGCGGGGUACGCUUGGGCAGUUUCUCCAAGCUGUUUGAGAGCCUAGGCUUCUCAGACAGUUUGGUAGCACCGCUUCCACCCCUCGACCCUGACUCUGAGCUUAGCAACUCAGAUGAUGCCUUGCUGCCGUCUCCAACCUUGAAGCCGGCUCAGGCGCCCGUCGAGUGUGUUGAGAAUUCAACUGUUGAGCCAAUAAGCAGCCCUGGCUUGACUAAGACACAGCGCAAGAAGGCUCGCAGACGUGCUGAGAAGGAGUUGCUGGAAGAGCAAACCCGCCAGCGGAUCAUGCAAGAAACACUUGAUCAGCUCGCUGAAGAACGCGAGCAGAGGGAGCAUAAAAAACAACAAGGCUCCAAUGGCAAGCAAUCAGACAAGCUUACCAAUAACUCGGUGGAGGAUAACGAUGUUGCUGAAAAGCCGCAAAAGCCCUCCCGAACGAGUUCACGAUCCAAUGUUGGUGCAAAAAUCCGACCUACGACCGCACCAGAAUCCACAGGUGCUCAUGACAUUCAGCUGAAGCAACCGAAGCAGCCCAAAACACCCAAGCUUCGUCCCAGUAUACUCAAGCAGUCAUACGCAGUACAGCCAGUGAUUCCUCAGCCAUUACAAAAGGCACCGGUCAUUACACCCUGUAAAACGCCAGUACCUAAUCUAGCCAUACACGAAACGUCGAGCACUCCAGUGCUAGACCAACACAUUGACCUCCCACAACAGCGGCCAUCUCUUGUGGCUACUCCAGUACGCCAUGGACUUGUCCCACGAACUGUUCGACCAGUCACUCUACCAAGGUCUGCUUCACAACCCGCUGUUGUAGCCCAGGCUCCGACGACACCGACCCCACGGGCCGGCUCGUUCAGCGGACGGCGACCACCUCUUGUGAUUCGAUCGAAAACGGAUCGUCAUCUCCAUCUGUUCAACAAGCUAAUGGAGAAGUUUCCGGAAGACCAGAAGUGGCUGGUGGCGCCGAUGCAGCUUCUGAACGAGAAGCAAAGUGAGCACGGUUUGCAUGUAUUCGUCGAUGCCUCGAACAUUAUGAUUGGACUCAAGGAUAUGCUGCGCUUGCAUGGGCUUCACCAUAACGCGUAUGACAUAUCGUUUGAUAGUCUUGCGCUGCUGAUGGAGCGGCGCCGACCUGUAGCCAAGCGAUUUUUCGCCGGCUCACACCGCGAAGCCAACCCGCUUCCUCACAUUGAGAAGCUAGUGGAGACUUCGAAGGCAGUUGGGUACGACAGUGUGAUGCAAGAGCAAGUGCUGAUUGUACGGGAAGACUCUGAGAAGAAGAAAUUCUUCAACGAUGUCAAGAAGAUGGGGUGGCACAAGGCGACGCAGAUGCGGUCUGGCAGCGGCAGUGACUCUGAAACGAGCGCGCCGGCUCCCAAGACACCUGCAGCCCCGAAAUGGGUUGAGCAGGGAGUGGAUGAGAUUCUUCACUUAAAGAUGUGCCAGAGCAUGAUUGAUUGCGAAUGGCCGAGCACCAUGGUGCUAGCGACGGGGGAUGGGGCGAUUGCAGAGAUGUCAGACGGGUUCCUAGCUCACGUGGAGCGAGCGUUGAAGCGGGGGUGGAGGGUGGAGUUGAUCAGCUGGGGGCAGCAGAUCAACAGUGGUUAUAGGAAACGCCAGUUCCGAGCCAAGUGGGGUGAGCAGUUUACGAUUAUUGAGCUGGACGAGUUUUUGGAGGAUUUGAUUGAUACGCGGUAG